CUAACCAACAGUAUCCAACCAGGCACUUGUAGAAAAUCUACGAAAACAAGUUGACCAACUCUCAAUAAUCUACAGAAGAACACUAUAACUUUUCUAUAAAGUUUGUAAUAUCAAGUCAUUCAAAUCAACCUCAAGAUGCCGCGGUGUUUUCUAGCGGCUAAACUCAAGUACCCUUACGUACAGUGGAAGGAGGAGCAGGGCGCUGAUCGGAGGGAACAGGAGGACACCAAGGAACAGAUGGAGGGGGAACAAAGCAUGUCAAUAUUGGAGACGGAGAGAAAAACAUUAAAAGUUCAUUUAGAUAUGAUAGAAGAAGAAAAAGAAAAUGGUUCUGAGAAAAUAGGAAAACUAAAAACGGACAUAAACGGCAAUUCAAGUUCGGAAGAAUGUAUCAUAAAAGCAAAUAGACAAAAUACAGAAGAAGAGGUGAAAAGCAAAGAAUAUUAUCAAACCGAGGUUACUGUUGGGUUUAUUAAAGAACAUCAGAAAAGACUACAAGAAGAAGAUUGCCGCCAAAUUGAGGGAAAAUCGCCCAUUCAUAGCUCAAGAACAAAUUUUGAAGAAGACGCAGAAAAAAAUGAAGAAGACGGAAUGGUUGAAAAGGGUGUAAUAAAUGAUGAUGAACAGAUGGACGAUAAUGAGAAUGACGAGGAGAAAGAUGAACGGGUUUGCGAUUAUGCCUCGUAUAUUUCCCGCCAUGAGGGAUCAGCUGAUCGGCUUGAUUCCAGCCAACCAAACCAAACAAAACCAGCAAACAAGCUAUUUCGGCCAUAUUGCCUGGACGAUCCCCCGGAGCAGAAGCCGCCCCUAGGAGAAUAUUUAACCCCGAACUCCUGGUGGUUUCCUCCUAGACCUAUUUCUCCUUUAGAUCUAACCAAACAGGAAAAUGAAAAGAUUCAGUUCAAGGAAAGAUUCGAAACAUUAUUUCUGGAGUUAAAGGAAAUCUUUAAAAAAUUAUCAAAAUGGCAACUUUUGAACCAGGUUGAAACGGAGUUUAUUAACGGCGGCGCUGUUUACAAAAUAAAUGGCGGGAAAACCACUGCUUACACUUAUGAAGCUUUCUUUGCCAGCGAUGGUCGAUCCAAGAAGAAACUGUUUGAUUUUGAGCAGAUUAAACCCAAGUAUAAAUGUAAUGAAUGUGGCAAAAACUACGCAACUAGCAGUAAUUUAUCCAGACACAAACAAACCCAUAAAACUUUAGACUCGGAGAAUGCCAAAAAAUGCAACAUUUGCGGCAAAAUGUACGUUAGUAUGCCAGCUCUUUCAAUGCACAUUCUCACACACAAUCUAAGCCACCGAUGUGAUAUGUGUGGUAAAGCAUUUUCCCGACCUUGGCUUCUGCAAGGACACAUGAGAAGUCACACUGGAGAUAAACCCUUCGGUUGUGCGCAUUGUGGCAAAAGUUUCGCGGACAGAUCCAACCUAAGAGCACACAUGCAAACCCACUCAGCUUUCAAGAAUUAUAAAUGCAAGAGAUGCAACAAAUCCUUUGCUCUCAAAUCCUAUUUAAACAAGCAUUAUGAGUCUGCUUGUUUUAAAGACCAGGCACCGCCUUCCAUAGAAACGCCACCCUCCACGCCCUCCCCCUCCGAGUUCUCGGAUUCAGGUCCCCUCUCUCCUUAUCCAGACUCGGAGCUAUCAGAUCUCACUCAUCCAAACCUAACUUCUCCUCAUCCCAACCAUGAUUUGUCUCAUCCAAACCCCGAAUCUUCUCAUUCAAGCCCACAGUCUUCUCAUGAGAACCCUGAUACUGUUUAUCCGACUCAUCCUGAGCAGGAUGAAAAUGAGCAUAUUAUUCAUGUGCCCAAACCUGUAUUUCCCUUCAACAGUCAGUUAAUAAGAGUUUAGACUCUUUUUCUCUCCGUUUACGAUUUAGAUCUUUUGCAACACUUUGGAUGCUUACUGGUGGGGGAAGGGGGGGAGGCUAUUGGAUUGUGUCCCACCUGGAAAGAUAAAAAGGUUUAACGUCUUCUCCUUGUAUACGCCACUGUUAAUCAAUAUUUAUUGUCUUGACAAGUUUAAAAGUUAGGAUCACAGAUUUAAACUAUACUUCAAAUCAGGGCUUUAAUUUUAAACCUAACUUGAUUUCUGGAAUGUAAAUAAAGCCUUCGUCAACGUUUGGUCAAAGAAAGGUCAAUGAUUUGUCAAUAAUGUUUUUCAUUAAUGAUUGGUUAUUGUCAACGACUUUGUUAUGAUUGGCAAUGUUUGGUCAAUGAUUGGUCAAUGAUUACUUAAUGCUUGCUCAGUGAUUGCUCAAGGAUUGGCCAAUUGGACAAAGCCUCUGCAUUUUUAAUUUUUUCAUUGAUCGUUAUGAAUUCUGAUCCUAAUUUUUCUUUGAAGUUUGGGAUCUGUCAAGGUUCAUAUUUGAUAGUUUUUCAGACCAUAUGUGUUGCAAGAGGUUUUUAUCACUUCUUCUUUUUUAUAAUUUUUUGAAAAUAUCGUCACUUUUAAUCUAUGCAAGGUUUUAUUGUAAAAAUCUUUACAUUACGCAAUGUGAACCAUUUAAAUAUUUCUAUUGCCAAAUUAUAUUAAUAUACUUGUCUUUAUGAAACAUUUUAUAUAAUA